CGUCAAGUUGUCGAAUAACUUGAAUAACCUCACUUAUUUUUUAGAAAAAUACAAAUAAACAAAAAUAUGUAAAAUGAGUUCUAACAAUAAAAGGACAGUAUAUGUAGGCGGUUUAGCUGAAGAAGUCGAUGAACAGGUACUUAAUGCAGCAUUUAUUCCUUUCGGCGAUAUCAUAGACGUUCAAAUACCUUUGGAUUAUGAAUCUGAAAAGCAUAGAGGUUUUGCUUUUAUCGAAUUUGAAAGUGCCGAAGAUGCAGGAGCUGCUAUCGAUAAUAUGAAUGAUUCGGAACUGUUUGGCAGAACGAUACGAGUAAAUCUAGCCAAACCGCAAAGGAUUAAAGAGGGCUCUACUAGACCUGUGUGGUCCGAAGAUACAUGGCUACAACAACAUGCAGGUGAAACGAUAGGAAAAAAAUUAGGAACUGGAGAAAAAACGGAACAAGAAGAAGAAACAAGCGAAGCUACAUCAAAUGAAUCAAAGAAAGUUAAAAAUCCUCAAGUAUACUUCGAUAUUAAAAUAGGAAAGAGCGAAAUAGGCAGGAUAACGAUGAUGUUGAGGGCAGAUGUUGUUCCAAAAACAGCUGAGAAUUUUCGAUGUUUAUGCACCCACGAAAAAGGAUAUGGUUUUCAGGACAGCACUUUUCAUAGAAUAAUUCCAGACUUUAUGUGCCAAGGGGGCGAUUUUACAAAUCACAAUGGCACAGGAGGAAAAUCAAUAUAUGGAAGAAAAUUCGGAGACGAAAACUUCCAAUUGAAGCAUGUGGCACCAGGAACCCUUUCUAUGGCCAAUUCGGGACCAAACACCAACGGUUCACAAUUUUUUAUUUGUACUGCAAAAACCGAGUGGUUAGAUGGAAAACACGUAGUCUUUGGACAUGUUAUUAGCGGUAUGGAUGUUGUAAAGAGGAUGGAGAGGUGUGGUACAAAAACUGGAAAACCAACAGAAACAAUAACAAUAGCCAGUUGUGGUGAAAUUCAAUAAGAAUUUUUGUUAAUAAAAUUUUUUCUUAUGUGUA